AUGUAUGACAAAAUUUAUCAAGCUUCAGAAGAUCCAUUAUAUUUAGGAAAAGAUAUUCAGAAUUUUCGUUUUUAAAUCCCUGAAAAUGAAUUUAAAUCUCAUAAAUCAAGUAGAUUGAAUUCAUAAAGUUAAUAAAUAAAGAUUGUAACUAAUACAACUAAUACUCAAUAAUAUCAUCAAAUAACUAGUAAUGCAGCCUUGGCUUCAGAAAAUUUACUUAUUGAUUUAUAAAUUGUACAAGAAGAAAACAUAAAAUUAAUUAGUCAACUCCAAGUUUUACAAUUGAAUACAAAAUAAUAUUAAAAGGAAAUAUAAGAUUUUGAUGAAAAAUCAAAAUAUUUAGAAAGUAAACAUAAGGAUUAAAUAUUACAUAUUUAAUUAGAAAAUGAUAUUAAUUUUAAGAAAGUUGAAUAAGAGAAUGUUAAAUUGUUAAGCUAAGUUGAAGUUUAUCAAAAAAAAUAAUAACAAUAUGAGAUUUUGAUAGAUGAUUAUUUAGUAUAGAUAGAUAAAUUAAAUGCAAUUAAUAAUUCAUUAUAGUAAUAAUUGAUACUUGUAUAGAAGGAUAGUUCUAUCUAUUAUAAGGAUUAAGAUAAAUAGAUUUAAAAAAUUAGUGAAAUGAAUUAAUAACUCUUAACCUAGAUUACUUAAUUAAAUAAUUAAAGGAAUACAGAUUCAUUAUAGAUUAAGGAUUUAAGUAUUAUACGGUAAACACUAUAAGAUCAAGUUAAGAAACAUUAAGAUGAAAUCAAUUUGCUUAAUUAGAGAUUGAAGGAGCUUUCGGAUUAAAAUUCAUAAUUGAGUUAAAUGAAUACUGAAUAUUUGAAUCAAAUCACAGUAUUUCAAACUUAGGUUUCUGAAGUGUAAAAUAAAUUAUAACAAAAUAAUUAUGAAAGAGAGACAAAAAUAAGGCAAAAUGAAUAGUAAACUAGACAAUCUAGUUCUAUUAACAGUAGACAUAUUGAGGAAUUAAAUAGUAAGAUUCUAAAUCUUAAUAAUUAAUUAAAUUUAGCGAAUCAAUAAAAGCAAUAAUUAUAAUAAGAAUUAUAUUUAACAAAAAAAUAAUUGCAAUAGGAGUAAGAAGAUAAACUUUCAGUUUAAUCUAGAUAGUCUAAAUAAAAUCAAUAAUCAAAUUAAAUAUUAGAAUUUGAAGAGAGAAUAAGAUAAUUAUAAUAGUAAUUAGAUAAUGAAUAAUUGAAUAAGUCAAUGAAUAAUGGAGAUUUAGAUAUUAAGAAUAAAUAAAUAUUAAUGUUAGAAUAGAAGAAUUAGAAAUUGUAAUAGUAGUUAGAAUAAUUUCAUGUUUAAAUGGAAGAAGAGAAAAGUUUAUUAUAUAAAGAAAUAGAUCAGUUAUCAGAUCAGAAUAAAAGAGCCAAAUAGUUAAAGGUUACUGAAUAUGAUUUAGAGUAUAGGAAUUCUGUUAAACAAAAAGAGACUUUACAAUAAGAGUUGAGUAAGGCUAAUUAAAUUAUUUAAAAGUUUUAAAGCAAGAUAAAAGCAUUAGAAGAUUAAAUUAUGUAAUUGACAAAAGAAAAUGAGAGUUCAAAAUAAGAAAAUAAAUUUUUAGCAGAUUUGGAAGAAUAGCUUAAAUAAUGUCAAAGAAAAUAUGAAUUAGAAAUAAAAGAUUAUAAUAUUUAAAAUUAAUAGCUUAAUUCAUAAUUAGAUAAAGUGCAAUCUGAAUUACAAUAAAUGAAAUAGAAAUAUAUAAAGGAAAUAUAGGAUUUAGAGUCUAGAUUAUAAAGAGAAAAUUAAAGAGUUUCUUUAUAAUUAAAUGAUAAAGUUUCUGAUUUGAGUUAGUUAGAAUUAAAGAAUAAGUAAUUAUAGGAAGAAUUAAAGAAUAAAGAAUAAAGAUAUGAGAAAAAAUUAAGAGAAGCAAAUAAUAGAAUAAAAGAUAUUAGUGAUGAUUUGGAAAUAAUGAUUGAAAAUUAUAAGAAGGAGAAAUAAGUAAUAUUAAAUUAUAUUAAGUUUAUAGUUAAAUGAAAAGUGGGAAAGUUAGAAUGAAGAUUUAAGAAGGUAGUUAUCAGUUUAAGUAGAAGAGAUUUAAGUUAAGACAGAGAGAAUGAAUAAUGAGAAAUAUGAAAGAUAAUCAAUAGAAACAAAAAAAUAGAUAGAGUAAGUUUAAUAGAAAUUGAAUAAUGAAAUAAAUUAAAUUUAGGGUGAAGUAAGAUAAAAAAAUGAAUAAAUUAAUUAAUUAAAGCAAUUAAAUUAAUAAUAAGAAUAGAAAAUUAGUAAAUUUGAAUCAUAUAUACAUGAUUUAGAAGAUUAAUUACAAUAAUUUUCUAGAAAGGAGGAAUUAUUGAAUUAAUCAAAAAAUUAAUCAUUGGCAGAUUCUUUGAAUGUUAAGAUUAUGCAAUUAGAAAAUAAUUUAAUAAAGGCUUAGAAGAAGGAGGAUUAAUUUAUAUAACAUAUUCGAUAAUUAGAAUAAUAAUAAAAUUCGUUUAGAAAUACAUCUGAGUAAAGAGAAUUAGAAUAAAAGAAUAAUUAAAUGUUUGAAGAAAUAUAAAUAUUAGUAUAAACAAUUAAAAGUUAAGAUUUUGAAAUUUAAACAUUGAAGAAUGAAUUAAUUUAAUAUUAGAAAGAGGUAUCAUUUAUGAAAGAAGUUGUAAAUGAAGACACAAAUAGAUUAGAAACAUCAUUAUUAGAUGAUAAGAAUAGAAGAAUUAUUGAAUUAGAGAAUAAGUGUGCAUUAUUGGCUAAUGAAAAUACAAGAUUAAAUUAAUUAAAAGUAUAAUUAUUAUAAUUUAAUAUUAGACAAAAUAAGCUGAUGAGUUUCAGAAAAAGUAUGAUAAAUUAAAAUUAGAAAUAGAAAGAAAUUUAAAUUUUAAAGAAUAAAAUGAACAAGACAAAAAUAUUAUAAUUUCUAGUAAUUUUGGGUAAAUUUCAAAUGCAAAAUGA